AUAAAAGUGGUUUAUGUUGUCAACACACACACACACAUAUAGUAUAUACUUUGCAAAAAAAAUAUCGAGAACACUCUUGAAAAGUUUAAGUAACAUUGUCUUUGUAACACAAAAGCGUUUUAAAAACGAGGACAACUUUAUGCAAUGUACACCCUCUCGUGUUUGCAAGUGGCAUAUGAAUUUUUGAAUCGCGAAUGGAUUUAUUUAAUUUAUGGUGAACAGAAAAAAAGCAGUUAUAAAACAUUAAAAACCCGAAUUGGUCAUUUAUAUUGUUAUAUAUUGAAUUUAAUAAAUUCUAAAUAUCACAAUGAAUGGUGUUCAAAGGAUAAUUAUAAAUUUUUAAUUAUUAUUACAGUCACGAGUCUUGGAAUUCUUUUUACAACUUACAAGGUAAUGAAAAUUUUACACUCGCCAAAAAAUAUAAAGAAUAUUAUGAAAUCACAAUGGCUAAGAUAUAAAAAUUCCAACAAGAUAUCUUUUACUUUUAAUGAGAAUAAUAAUAAUAAUAAUGAAAGAGCUCAAAUAACAGAUGAUUUUCCCAGUGGGACAUCUUUAACUGCCAUUGUAAAACCGACAAUUCGAAAUGGCAAAAUAAAAAAUCAUAGAAAUUUUGAUAACGAAAACUCUUCAGAUUCUGAAGUUAAUGAAUCAUCAAUUGACAGAAUCGUGAAUUUAGAUUUUGUAAAGCCUCUGAAAAAAUGUACUUCAUCGCUACGUGUUGUAACGAGUAAAGAUUCUUUAAAUGAACAACUUUUUGAUAAAUGCAAAACUAAUAAUUCAAAAUCAGAAAAUCAAAAGAAUAAAAAAGAAAUAAUUUCAAAUCUAAUCAAUAAUAAUAAUAAUAAUAUGACUUUUGGAGUUCGAGAUACGAGUUCAGUUUUUGAAGUUGAUGAUUGUGUGUCAUUAAUACAAGAUUCAAUUAAUCCUUAUCAGUGUUCGAUGUUCACAUCACCUGACACACAUUCAAUUUGUAAAAAUUCCUCUUAUGUUUCGGGACAUUUUGUGGAAAAUUUUCCUGAUCUCGAUUUGUCACCAAUACCAAAUAUCACGCCAAUAAAUAACAAUUGUCAACAAUCAAAAAUCGAAUUUAAUGAUAAGGAAGUCACGCACUUAAAAGAUAAUGAACAAAGUCAUGAGAAAGAUUCACUCGACGAUGAAAAUAGAAAAAAUUUAUCGAAUUCAACUCAAAGUGUAAAAUGUUUAGAAAAAUCGUCAGAUUUUUAUUUCAGUUGUUGGGAUUUUAAAUCAUUUUUAACGCCAAAUGUGAAAAAAAGUAAAAUUCCAAAACUUAAUUUAAAUGCAGAAGAAGAAGAAUUACAUCUAACGAAACAAAAUGCACCUGCUUCAUCAGGAUCAAAAAUUCCAAUUCCUUCGAGAAAAUCGAAUGUUUUUUCAAAAGACGAAUCAAAUGAACAUUUAAAAAAAUCAGAAUUAUUAAUGAGAAUCAAUAAAAAUAAAGAUGACAAUUUACGCUCGGGAGAAUCGGAACUUUCUUUAGAAAAAUUUGUGCAGCUGGAAAUUUCAACAGGAUGCUGCAAUCUCAAUCAACAAUCAUUUAAAAGACCUGAAAAAUUCUAAAAAACAAAAUUUGUUGAAAAUCUUUUUUACUUCUUUUUCUUUGGAAUUUUUCAAAUACAUAGAUAACAAUACCAAGAAAUACGAUUGUAAAUUUGUGAAUAAACACUUAUGAAAUUCAAUAAUAAAAACAUAUUAAAUCUUCAUAAGAAUGAUAGUUUUUAUUGUGUACAUACACUGAAUCACUUAUUAAAAGUAGUUU